GGAGAAGAGCUUUAGAAUAAAAUGGAAAUGCAGAAGCGAACCCCAGCAAGCAAAUUGGCGUUGGGGGAGCGCAUUACACAUGCUAAGCCUCCCUUCACCAUUACUCAAAUCAAGAAAGCCAUUCCUCCACGCUGCUUCCAACGAUCCCUCUACCGCUCCUUCUCCUACCUAAUCUUCGACUCCAUCUUCGUCUCUAUAUUUUAUCACAUAGCCACCACCUAUUUCCACCGUCUUCCCCACCCACUACACUACCUGGCUUGGCCUCUCUAUUGGUUUUGUCAAGGCUGCGUCUUCACCAGCCUCUGGGUCAUCGCUCACGAGUGCGGCCAUCACGCCUUUUGCGAUUACCAAUUUGUAGAACAUCUCGUUGGCUUCCUGCUCCACUCUUCCCUUCUCAUCCCUUACUUCUCUUUCAAAUUCAGCCACCGCCGCCACCACUCCAACACCGCAUCCCUCGAGCGGGAUGAGGUGUUUGUCCCCAAGCCCAAGUCCAGAAUGCCCUGGUAUUUCAAGCACUUGACCAACCCACCCGCCAGACUCCUCAUCCUCUUUCUCACCCUCACUCUUGGCUGGCCAAUGUACUUAGCCUUCAACAGUUCUGGCCGAUUCUACGAUAGCUUCACCAGCCAUUACUAUCCAAACAGCCCCAUAUUCAGCGGAAAAGAAUGGCUUCAAGUUCACAUAUCCAGCGCGGGAGUUGUGGCCUUCUGGUAUUUGCUUUACAAGUUGGCGGCUGCAAGGGGAAUCGCUUGGGUCAUCCGCAUCUACCUACUGCCCCUAACCGUAAUGUAUGCGUUUGUGGUGUUGAUCUCGUCGUUGCAACACACGCACCCUUCACUCCCAUACUACGAUUCCAGCGAAUGGGACUGGCUUAGAGGAAACUUGGUGACGGUGGAUAGAGAUUAUGGGAUUCUGAAUAAAGUGUUUCAUAAUAUAACAGACACGCAUGUGAUUCACCAUCUGUUCCCUUCUAUGCCGCACUACAACGCCACGGAGGCGACGAGAGCAGUAAAAGAAGUACUGGGAGAGUACUACCACUUCGACGGGACACCCAUUUUCAAGGCUGCGUGGAGGGAGUUCAGAGAGUGCAUUUAUGUAGAGCCAGACGAGGACGAGGGGGGUUCAGCUUCCUGCAGUAAAGGGGUCUUCUGGUUCCGUAACAACCUUUGAACAAUCUCCUACUUUUAUACUUUCAUCAUAUUGGUUACAUGUAUAAAUCGGUCACACACAUAUAUAUGACAAUAAAUAUGAUGAAAAUAAACAAAGCAACUAGUAGCGGUAA